AUGUAAAUAUAUAAAAAAAUUCAAAAUAAAAAUAAUUAAUAAAAGAUAGAUGAGUUUACAUUUAAUUGCUUUUAAAUGAAAGAAAUUACAAAAGGAAAUGAAAUUUAAUUUUUAUUAAUUCAUUUAUUUAAUAGAUUUUAACUUUUAAAAGAUUUAAAUAUAGAUUUGAGUACAUUUUAUAGAUUUACAAAAGAAAUAUAAAAAGGAUAUAGAGAUGUACCUUAUCAUAAUAAACUUCACGCUUUCGAUGUUUUGUAAACUCUUAACUUUUUUAUGAUAAAAUGUCAGUUUUCGUCUAUAGCGAAUUUAUCAAAAUUAGAAUAAGCUGCUAUGUAUAUAUCGGCAGCUGCGCAUGAUUAUGAUCAUCCUGGAUUUUCAAAUAUAUAUUUGAAAAAUACAAAGAAUUAAUUAGCGAUAAGAUAUAAUGAUAUAAGUAUAUUAGAAAAUCAUCACGUAAGUUCAUUAUUUAUUAUUUGUUUUAAAGAUGAAAAAUAAAAUAUUUUAAAAAAUUUUUCGAACUAAGAUUAUAUUUAAUUUAGACAUAUUUGUAUUAGUAUGAUUUUAGCUACUGAUAUGACAAAUCAUUUUAAAAAUAUAGCCAAGUUAUAGUAAAUUUUAAGUGAGGAAGGGUUCUCUAUAAAUGAAGAGAAUAAACUUUUUUUUGCAGAAGCUUUAUUACAUGCAUCUGACAUUAGUAAUCCUAUGAAGCAUUGGGAUGUUAGUAGUUAAUGGGCUGUUUUGGCUAGCAAUGAGUUUUGCAAUUAGGGAGAUUUAGAAAGGGCUGAAGGUCUAGAAAUAAGUUAUUUAUGUGAUAGAUAUAGUGUUAAUUUAGCAAAAAGCUAAAUUAAUUUUUGUGAUUAUAUUGUAAAACCGCUUUUUGAGAAAUGUGUCGAAUUUUUGCCUUUAUUGUAAGAAUACAUAUAGAAUUUUGAAUAAAAUAAAAAAAGUUGGAAUUAAUUAAUAGAUUAUUAUGAUUUGAAAUUAAGUUUUUUAUUUUUUGUUAUAAAAAAAAUAUAUAUUUUUUUUAAUUCAAAGAAUAAUUAUAAGAAUAAAAAAGUUAAAAUGAAAAAUAAUAAUAAUAAUAAUAAGAAUGAAAAAAAUUUUUUAAAAAUAGAUUUUUUAUAUCAAUUUUUUUUUCUUUAAAAUUAAUAUAAAAAAAUAUUCAUUUUUCUAUCUAUAUUUAUGUUUACUUUUUAAUAAAAAAACUAAAAUAUUAUUAAUAUUUUAUUAAUAUCAUAUAUUUACUUAUAUAUAAUUUUAAAUAUUUUUAAUACUAAACCUUAAAUUUAAAAUUUUUUAUUCUUUUAUCUUUCUAUAUUAUUUAUUUAUAUUAUAUUUAAUUUAUUAAAUAAUUCAAUAUUAUUUUAUUUUUUUAGUUUUAUAAUUCUGUAUUAUUUAAAAAUAAUUUUUAACUAAAAACUUUAUUAAUAAAUAAAAUAUUAUAAUUAAAAUUAUAUAUUUUUAAUUAAUUUUUAUAAGAAAUUAUAUAUAUUAACAACAUCUUAAAAAUUAUAAAUAAUAAUGCUGUAUUUUUAAUUUUUGACAUUUUAAAAUUGUUAAUUAUUAAAAUAAUUUUAGGUUAUCUAUAUAAUAUUAAUUAUUAAAAAUAAAAAUAAUUAAAAUUAUCUUAAUUUUCUAUAUAUUUAAAAAUUAUUAUUAUAUUGA